AUGGCCUUCCUCCUCAAGUUCUUCCGUUUUGGCGCGGAGAAGAAGAAGGCGAAACACUACGAGAAUGUGAAGCGCGACAUCAACCCAGAGGACAUCUGGACAGUGCUGGGGGAGCUGGGGGAUGGCGCCUUUGGAAAAGUCUUCAAGGCACAGAACAAGGUGACGGGGGUUCUGGCUGCUGCGAAGGUGAUUGACACUCAGAGUGAGGAGGAGCUGGAAGAUUACGUGGUGGAGAUAGACAUCCUUGCCUGCUGCGAUCACCCAAACAUUGUCAAGCUGCUGGAUGCACUGUACUGGGACAGCAGGCUGUGGAUCCUGAUUGAGUUUUGCCCAGGAGGAGCAGUGGAUGCAGCAAUCCUGGAGUUGGAGAAGGGUCUGACGGAGGAGCAGAUCCAAGUGGCCUGUAAGCAGAUCCUGCUGGCCCUGCAGUAUCUCCACAGCUGCAAGAUCAUCCACAGGGAUCUGAAGGCUGGGAAUGUCUUGCUGACCUUGGAAGGAGAUGUCAAGCUGGCUGAUUUUGGAGUCUCUGCCAAAAACGCCCAAACCCUGCAGCGACGGGCAUCCUUCCUUGGGACACCAUAUUGGAUGGCUCCAGAAGUGGUGCAGUGUGAGACCUCGAAGGAGAACCCCUAUAACUACAAGGCUGACAUCUGGUCCCUGGGGAUCACCCUGAUUGAGAUGGCCGAGAUGGAGCCCCCCUACCACGAGCUGAACCCCAUGAGAGUGCUGCUGAAAAUCUCCAAGUCCCAGCCACCCACCUUGCGCUGUCCCAAGAGAUGGUCUGAGGAGUUUAAAGACUUUCUGAGAAAAUCGCUGGAGAGGAAUCCAGAGGUCCGGUGGUCAGCCAGCCAGCUCCUGCAGCACCCCUUCGUGGCAGAGGUGACGGAGAAGCGGCCCCUGCGGGAGCUGAUUGCAGAGGCCAGGGCAGAGGUGAUGGAAGAGGUGGAAGAGGAGGAGGAGGAAGGACAUGUCUCAUCACCACACCAUGACCACAAAGGCUCCUUCUACAAGGCCUCCACCAGCAGCCACUGCGAGCAGGAAACACCGCCCCAGCCCAGUCAGAGCCUGGACGGGAGGGAAGUGCAAUCAGGAGCGGGCAGGGAGAUGGACAUGAUGGCUCAGCCAGCCAGCCAGCCUGUUCUGCCGGCAGAGGAGAGCAAACGGGAAGAGCAAACGGGGUCGCCAAAGAAUCAGACGGGGAGCCCUCUCCCUGCUGGCCAGCCUGAGCUCCAAGGACCUGGGGUCAACACCAGUGUCCAGGGGGACUCCGUCCCCUAUGGUCCCCAGAUGAGGGCAAAAAAAACAUCCGACUUCCUGAAACAAAUGAGGCGAAAGUCCGCGCCCAUGUUUGCGGCUUCCCGGGAGCUGCGCGGCUCCAUGAGGCUCCCCUCCCGGAGGCCCUCCGACGUCCUGAAGCUGAUGAGACGCAGGUCGUUCUUUGGUGGAUUGAAGUCACAAGAAAAUGCCAGGAAACAAGGUGGGAUCAAUGGAGAGCCAGUGGCGCAAACAGCCAGUGGGAAAGAUCAGGGCGAGGAGCAGUUACCUUCAUGUCCUGAGCCUCAGCCACGUGUGGAGCUGCCAGGCACGCUGGAGGAGACAGCGCUAGAUCCCUUCCGAGCAGCAGCACUCGAACCAGAAGCAGAGAACGACUUUAAAGGGAACCAUGAAAAGGAGACCAGCCCUCUAGAGAGCCCAGCCCAAGCAAGAGAACUUUGUACUGGGCCAAAUCAUUUAGCACCAUCUAAAGAUCCAGCGGAAGGGCAAGAGGUGGAAACAGAAGAAGUAGAAACUGCUGAUGAUCAGGCCAAGCCUGUAUUGGAAGAAACUCAGGCAGGUUUUGAACUCCCUGACUCAACCAUAACAGACAGAGUUCCCUCCACAGAAGCAGAAAGUCAACAGGCAGCUGUAGGCCUGGAGGACAGAACCCAGACAUGCCCCACUUUGCUCUCAGUGAGUAACAUGGAAAACCUAUCAAAUAGCGAUUCUACCAGUAAUUUAUUUGCUCUGCAGGAAUGCACAGGAGCAACUAAGUGGGACUUGCCUGAAGGCUCAGCUGGGAUGGGAGAAGGGCAGACCGUGGAUGAGACUCCUCCCUCCAGUUCCAGGAAAUGGAGGAUUCAGGGUGAAAGGACAGAGGAAAUACGAAGUCUAGCCAAGAAACAUUACCUGGAUUGUGCAUCUGUGAGCAGCCCUCUUGCAAACCUGGAUGUGAGCGAGGGUACACGACUAUUAGCAGCUCUAGACCUUUGUCAGACUAGUACUAAAGUUCUGAGCAUCAAAGAAUCCUUGAGACAGCUCCAGCCCAAAGGUGCUGGAGUGUGUCUAGAUAAGGAAGUGAGAGGGGUUAGAUUACAGACUGAAAAUUACUCAAAUGCAGCAGAAGCACAAGAAGGUGGAAGCCCAGAGACUUCUGGGGAGCUAGCAGAGCAGACACACUGUGAAACUGAGAAUGAAAGACUCCCCAAGGAAUUAGAGCAGAGUGGUGAGAAUUGGCAGCAGGCAGAAACCUUCUCAGUAAAGAAUGAAGCAGAAGGAGACAUGGAGAACGCAGAUGAAAACACAAAGGUGGGAUCAGCAACCCUAGAAGAGCUGUGUUGUAUGGGAGAGAUUGCAGUGACUGAGAACGGAGAGAACAAUACAGCGGUCGCUAGCUCUGCUAUGGAGACAGUGGUUCCAGCCAACGAGGAAACAGGGAAGAAUGAGGAAGAAACUAUAGACAACAAUAUAAGGGGUCAUUUAAAUGAAGAUCAACAUUCAGGGGUGGACACCUCCCCCAAGGAGAUCAUGGGGCCAGCGCAUGAGGAGUCAGAAGGAGAUAUUGUAAACAAGGUUGUAGAGGAGCAUUUAAAGGGAGACCAAAAUUCAGUGGUGGACACAUCCAGUCAGGAGAUACUGGUACCAGCAAGAGAGGAAGCCCAGGAAGGCAGCAUAGAAAAUAUAACACUCGGUCAUUUAAAUUUAGAGGAUCAAAACCCAGUGGUGGAUACCUCCCCCAAGGAGAACCUAGUGCCAGCUCAGGCACACACAGGGGAGAAAGUGGAAGACACUGCAGACAGCCCUAGGGGUGACCCGUUAAAUGUUGUUGAGGACAAAGACCAUGAAGCUAGGGGAGAUGGAAAUGGUAGAGAAACAGAGAAGGAAGAGAGACACCCACCCAGAGAAGGUCUGGCAGAGGCUGUUCUGUGUCCAGAAGGGGCCUCGGGGGAUGGAGCUGGAAGAGAAGAGAGAAGUGCCCCCCUGGGGAACGGAGCAGGGCUAGAGCCCCAGGGGGAACCUAUUGGGCACCCAAAGGUAAGGAAGAGCGUGAGCUUUGCUGAGGCACCCCUGGGAUGCCCCGCCUCCCUGAAACAGGCAGCUAAUGGAGGAGCAAUGAGAGAUGGAAAAGAUCCCAGUGGUGAGGGAGAUUCGACCUUAAACGAUGGUUUAAUACACAACCAAGAAGAGACGCCGACUUCACCAGGCAAUACAGAGUCUGACACGGACCGCCACCUUCCUUCGGCAAGGCUGCAGACCCCGCGCUGCGCGCAAGACAUCACACAGGAGGCUGUCUCCCUAAGAAGAACAGUGAAGAAAACCAGGAAGUUUGUUGUGGAUGGGAAGGAGGUCAGCGUGACAACCUCAAAGACCAUCAGCGAGGUGGAUACAAAGGGCGAGAAGAUGCGCUCGGCUCGGCGCCAGGAGCUGCAUGAACUCCGCCUUCUCCAGAAGGAAGAGCAGCGAGCCCAGAGCCAGCUGGAGCAGAAGCUCCAUCAGCAGCGGGAGCAGAUGUUCCGCCACAUUGAGCAGGAAAUGACGAGUAAGAAGCAGUAUUAUGACCAUGAGGUGGAGAGCCUGGAGCGGCACCAUCGGCAGGCCCGGGAGCGCCAGGAGCACGAGUUCACCGCCAGGCUACGCGAUGAGGCCAAGCGGCUGAAAGCCCUGCAGGAGAAGGACUAUGGCAAGAAGCUGUCGGCCUUCAGGGGCAACAGGCGAGAGGAGCAGAGAUUUCUGCAGCAGCAGCAGGAGGAGCUCAACCUGGCCUUGCAGAAAGUCAUCCAGGAGCACAAGAAGAAAGUGACCUCGAUCGAGUGGGAGUGCAUCAGCAAGAUCCACAGCCUCAGGAGAGCCCGGGAGGCCGUGGUGUGGAGCGUGGAGCAAGGCCACCUGCAGGAGAAGUAUCAUCUCUUCAAGCAGCAGGUGAAGGAGCAGUACUCGCUCCAGCGGCAGCAGCUCAGCAAGCGGCACGAGAAGGAAACCGAGCGGAUGAGCCGCUUCCACCUCCUCCUGCUGGACGAGCUGAGGAACCAGCAGGCGCAGCAGCACGCUCAGCUGCUGAAAACCCAGCGUGGGGAUGCCAAGCUCCGCCUAGCCAUGUUCAAGGAGAGUCUGAAGAUCCAGGAGGUGACGGGCGCUGAGCAGAAGGACAGGACCAAGCAGUUCCUGCAGCAGGAGGAGGGGCGCCAGCGAGCAGAGGUGCAGCUACAGCAGCAGCAGCACAAGGAGCAGCUGCAGGACCUGCAGCAGCAUCUGGCUGAGAACCUGAGUGAGCUGGAGCAGUUGCAGACCGAGAAGCUCCGCCUGCUGGUCGAACAGGAGAAGAAGCAGCUGAAGGGGCUGGACGACGAACACACCCUGGAGCUGAGCGAGUGGAAACAGCGGCUCGCUACCCGCAAAGAAAUGCUUGAGGAGGAGCUGGCUCACUUGAACCCGCUGCAGCAGAAGGAGCUACGCCGUGGCAGCGAACCAGGCAGCAGGAUAUCCCGGUUCUUCCACUUCCCUUCCUGA